AUGAAAAUAUCGAUCGGCUUUGCUACUCUUGUUCCCGUUCUUCUUCUUUGCUUGUCUCUUCCACCAACUAUUCCUCUUGCCUUCAACCACGGGAACUUCACCGCAGUUCUUUGCAACCCAACCGAGAGAGAUGCUCUCUUGAAGUUAAAGCAUGAUCUCAUUGAUCCUUCAAACCGAUUUGCAUCUUGGGUUGGUGAUGGGGAUUGCUGCAGAUGGUAUGGAAUAGUCCGUCAUAGUAGCACCGGCCAUGUCAUUGAGCUCAAUCUUAGAAGUCUCUCGUUCCAAGAAUAUGAUGAUGCCUUCCCCGAUGCCGCUCCUCGUGACUACGAAGAUUAUAUGAGGUUAUUCUUCCUUGGUGGUAUGAUUCCUCGUCAACUAGGAAACCUCUCAAAUCUUCACUAUCUUAAUCUUGAUGUUGGUUAUUAUCCUUAUGAAUCCUAUGUUGAGAAUUUAGAUUGGGUAUCCGGUCUUUCUUCACUAGAAUUCCUUGAUUUGAGUGGUUUGAAUCUCGAGGAACUUGAUCCGUUUGGGAAUCGAUUCAAUUCUUCGAUACCCAACUGGUUGUAUGGUUUUAGUCGUCUUGAGCUUCUCAACCUUAGAUUCAAUAACUUGCAAGGUGAAGUUUCAAGUGCCAUUGAAAACAUGACCUCUCUUAUCGACCUUAAAUUGUCGGGCAAAAAACUUGAAUUCAAUCGAGGAAUCCCCGCAUCAUUCAAAAGCUUUGUAAUUUGA